ACAUAUAUAUAUAUAUAUAUACACAAAUCAAGAGAGAUCCCAAAUCUUUGUUUAAUUUUCCUUUCUUUCAAUCCAAACCCUCUAUGAAACCAAAUACUCCACUCCAUCUCCCUUGAUUUGUUCAUUUUUGAAGGCAAAAAUGAGAGCAGGAGGUUGUGCAGUGCAACAAGCGCUCACUGCUGAGGCAGCAAGUGUAGUCAAACAAGCGGUGGCACUCGCUAGAAGGCGCGGCCAUGCCCAGGUAACUCCACUCCAUGUAGCUAACACCAUGCUCACUGCAUCUACCGGUUUACUACGCAUGGCUUGCCUGCAGUCUCACUCGCACCCUUUGCAGUGCAAAGCCCUAGAGCUUUGUUUCAACGUUGCUCUUAAUCGUCUACCGGCCUCCACAUCAGGCCCUAUGUUGGGUACUCAUUCUCAUCAUCAACAAUUCCCUUCCAUCUCCAACGCUUUGGUCGCGGCCUUUAAGCGCGCUCAAGCUCAUCAAAGGCGUGGUUCGAUUGAGAAUCAACAGCAACCGCUCUUAGCCGUGAAGAUAGAGUUAGAACAGCUUAUAAUAUCAAUCCUAGACGACCCAAGUGUGAGUAGAGUGAUGAGAGAGGCUGGUUUUAACAGUACUCAAGUGAAAAGCAAUGUUGAGCAAGCUGUGUGUGUAGAGAUAGGUAAUUCACAAAGUGUGAGUAGCAGUAGUACUGUCAAGUGUAAUAAGGAAACAAAACCCAAGUUUUCAGAUCCAAUUAAGAAUGAAGAUGUGAUGAGGGUGAUAGAGAAUUUGGUGAACAAAAGGAGAAGAAGUAGUAUUAUUGUUGGUGAAUGUGUUAGUACAAUACAAGGUGUUGUUAAAGGAGUUAUGGACAAGUUUGAUAAAGGAGAAGUUCCUGAGGGUUUGAGAGAUGUGAAGUUAAUAACACUUUCCCUCUCCUCCUUGGGGCAUCUGAGUAUUAUUGAACAGAAACUCAAAGAGAUUAACAGUCAUGUGAUGAUCAAGAGUAGUAAUUGUAGAGGAUUUGUGUUGUAUUUGGGAGAUCUAAAGUGGGUUAUUGAGCAGAGAAGUAGUGAAGGAUUGGAGCAAAUGAUUAGGGAAAUUGGGAGAUUAUUGGUUUGUGAGAGUAAUAGGUUUUGGGUUUUAGGGAUUGCAACUUUUCAAACAUACAUGAGAUGUAAAACUAGUUAUCCUUCAUUAGAGAGUGUUUGGGGUCUUCAUCCUCUUACCAUUCCUGCAAACAGCUUGUGCUUGAGUCUCAUCAGCUCUACUGACAGUGAUCUAGGUAGUCAGUCAAAGAGUGGGAAAAAAGCUGAAAAUGGGCACAAUUGGAUAUUGCUUGAAGGUGAGGAGCUCACUUGCUGUGCUGAAUGUUCAGACAAGUUUGAAGCUGAAGCUAAAAGCUUACAAAGCAGGACUAAUUCUAGUAGUUGCUCCACAACUUCAACCCUUCCUGCAUGGCUUCAACAAUACAAGAAUGAGAGUCAAAGACCUAACAGCAUGGAUCAGGAAUUUGUCUCAAUCAAAGAUCUUUGCAAAAAGUGGAACUCAAUUUGCAGUUCGGAACACCGGCACCGACGACGACCUUAUUCGUCGGAGAAAACCCUCCCCUUCUCUUCUCUUUCUCCCUCUCCCUCCACUUCUGGUUUCUCCUACGAUCAACAUGGCCCUAAUUUGCACCAGUCCCGCCAUAACUUUUCAGUCCUUGAGCCCAAACACCCAUGGAGGGACUUCAACCACAUCUGGUUAACUGAAACUGACCACCCCAAUUUGAGAAUGUACAUCCCACCUUCAACAUCAAAUCCCAAUUCCACCCAAAACUCAGCAUCUUCAAGUGAUGUCAUGGAAAUUGAGUAUGUCCAAAAGUUCAAUGAGUACAAUUCAGACAACCUAACAACCCUAUGCAAUGCAUUGGAGAGCAAGGUACCAUCACAGAAGGACAUAAUUCAAGAUAUCACGGCCACGAUCUUACAAUGCCGGUCUGGUUUGGUAAAAGGGAAAGGCAAAAGAGAAACUUGGUUGCUGUUUCAAGGUAAUGAUGUGGAAGCUAAAGAGAAGAUAGCUAAGGAAUUGGCUAGGAUAAUUUUCGGCCGGACCAACAACUUUGUUUCAAUUUCAUUGAGUAGUUUCUCCUCCACAAGAGCAGACUCAACUGAUCAUCAUCAUCAUCAAGAUUGUAGGAUUAAUUACAAAAGGUCGAGAGACGAAGAGAGUUGUGGUUACAUUGAAAGGUUUGUAGAGGCAGUGUCAAGUAAUCCUCAUAGGGUUUUCUUUGUUGAAGAUGUGGAGCAAGCUGAUUAUUGUUCUCAAAUGGGAUUCAAGAAAGCAAUUGAGAGAGGAGGAGUGAGUAAUGUGGGUGGUGUUGAAUUUGGUCUUGGUGAUGCUAUCAUCAUCUUGAGCUGUGAAAGUUUCAUUUCAAGAUCAAGAGCUUGGUCUCCUCCUACCAAAGAAGUUCCCACAUUGGAGGAAACAAGUAGUCAUAAUUGUGCUUCAACACUUGAUUUGAAUGUUUCAAUUGAAGAUGAGAGAGUGGAGGAUCAGUCAGUUGAUGAGAUUGGGCUUCUUGAUUCUGUCGAUAGACGGUUUGUUUUCAAAAUUUAGUACCAGGGUUUAAUUUGUUUUCUUUUUUUUUUAGUGUUUCUAUAUAUGUUGUUCUACUUGGAUUAAUUCUUAGAUACUUAUUUUUUGUAAAAAUCACUUGUACAUUAAUUGUUAACACUAUCAUCUGUCGA